AUGUUCAAAUUCGCCGUUGUCAUCUUCGCUGUCAUUGCCUGUGCUGCUGCCAAACCCCAUUUGAUUGGUGCUCCUUUGGCUUAUACUGCUCCCGCUGCCGUUGUUGCUGCUCCAGCUCCAUUUGUCACCGCCACCAGUAGCCAAGUUAUUGCUCGCAAUUACAAUGGUAUUGCUACCGCUCCCAUUGUUGCUCCCGUAGCUACACCUGUUGUUGCUAAGACUGUUGAUGCUUAUACUGCUCCAAUUGCUGCUGCCUAUACCGCUCCCGUUGUUGCCAAAUAUGCUGCUGCUUACACUCAUCCUUUGGCUUACUCUGCUCCAGUUGUAGCCAAAUAUGCUGCCGCUUACACUCAUCCUUUGGCUUACUCCGCUCCCGUUGUUGCCAAAUACGCCUCCGCUUACUCUCAUCCUUUGGCCUACUCAGCACCUUUGACUUAUGCUGCUGCACCUGCCUUGUGGUAAAUGAUAAAAAUAGACUGUAACUAGAAUCCUUUAACGAAAUACAAAAUAAACAUAAUUUAUUUAUAAACAAAA